AUGGCUGAUUUGGAAAAUAUCGAGUUAGUUAUGGAGACGAGAGACUUGGAUGAGGAAGAGGAAUGGAUUCUUUUGGAAAGCAAGAAGAUUUUAAAGGAGGAGGAUGAGCGUAAAAAUAAAGAUUUAAAACAAAGGUCUAGAGUUAGAUGGGCCAAAGAAGGUGAUGAGAAUUCCAAAUUUUUUCACUCCAUGAUUAAUUGUAGGAAAGCUUGUAAUGUAACUCACGGGCUGAACUUGGAUGGGAAGAGGAUUUUUUUCAGAAUCUUUACUAGCUUCUUUGAAUCCGGGGAGAUUAACAUGGGUUGCGGGUCUUCGUUUAUCGCCGUUAUUCCGAAAGUUAUGGACCCGCUUGGCUUGAAAGACUAUAUGCCUAUUAGUUUGACUCAAAAGGUGCUGGAUUCCGUCAUCUCUUCUUCUCAAUCGGCGUUUCUCCGUGGUAGAUAUAUUUUGGACGGCCCGCUUGUGGUCAAUGAGAUGGGUUUCCCGAGUAGGUGGUGUAGGUGGAUCAAGGGGGUCAUUUCGUCAGCCAGGGCGUCGGUUUUGGUUAACGGAGCUACCACGUUCGAAUUUAAAUGUGAUAAAGGAAUGCGCAAAGGAGAUCCUAUCUCUCCGUUUUUGUUUGUCAUUGUCAUGGAAGCGCUGUCUUGUAUGAUUAGAAAGGCUAUUAGUUUGGGAAUUGUGAAAGGUGUGGUUCUUCCUAACGACGGCCCUUUGGUUUCACAUAUGUUCUACGCUGACGAUGCGAUAAUUAUUGGGGAGUGGAGUUCGGAUAACAUCCAAAAUUUGGUGAGAAUCCUAAAGUGUUUUCAUGCAUGUUCAGGUCUUCUAAUUUUAGCAAAUCCAGUCUCUUCGGUAUUGGGGUGA